AUGGCAUUGGAUGCAUCUUUGAAAGGAAGGCCAAAAUGUAAACCAAUAAUAUUUGUUGAUGGCACUUUCCUAAAAUCUACAUAUGGUGGAACACUGCUCUCUACUAGUGCACAAGAUGCUGGAGAAUUACUCAACUCAACUACUUUGGCAGCAAGAGAGGUAAAGGCACCAAAUGAAUAUCUAUUUGAGGUGUUCAAAGAUCAAAAUUCAUGGAUUGUAAACCUCAAAAAUCGAACAUGCACAUGCAAUAGAUUCCAAAUGGAUGAAAUGCCAUGUGGUCAUGCAAUUGCUGUGAUGAAGGAAAUGAAUCUAGACCCUUACAAUUACUGUUCACACUACUACACAACAAAGACAUGGUUUGAAACAUAUGAAUCAACAAUAUACUCUGUAGGAAACCAACACAAUUGGGAUGUCCCACAAUAUGUCAAAGACAUGAUUGUUAUGCCUCCAUUUGAAAAAGUGAAAGCAGAAAGACCAAAGAAAAGAAGAUUUAGAGCUGCUUGGGAAAAUAAAAAGCAAAACAAGUGCAGCAAGUGUGGACAAAGAUGA